AUGCUCGACGACUCGCGCGAUGGUCGCGGCCACCGCGUCGUGGACGCGCACACACGCGCGCUCGUCGAACCAUCGAGCGACGUCAUCGCGGCGAGCACGAGCGACCCGAAGGAAGAUUUGCGACUCGAGCGCGCGCGGGCGUCGUUCAACUCGCGCGAACUCGAGGUCUUGCUCGCGGGAGGGAAGGAUAAUUAUAAAUUGCGUCAGCGAAUCGCGUCGGUGAUGACGACGAACGAGGCGUUCAGUAAGCGAGGCAAGUACUUUGACGAGCGGGACGAACUGUACGAGCGCACGCUGCGAAUGUACUUGGCGCUGCCGAGCGCGGUGGCGAGCAUGAAUGAGAAAGAACCCAUCGCCGUGGCGCGAAUCAUGCGGGAGUUGAUCGACGAACCCGGGGGGCUGGACUUACACCUAGGAAUGUUCAUUCCCACAAUUCAAGGGCAAGGGGACGAGGAACAGCGAAAGUAUUGGAUUCCAAAGUGCGUAAAGCUGGAGUGCGUGGGGACGUACGCGCAGACGGAGCUCGGACAUGGAACCUACUUGAGAGGGCUAGAAACGACGGCGACUUAUGAUGAAGAGCGCGAGGAGUUCGUCGUGCACUCGCCGACGUUGACGAGCACAAAAUGGUGGCCGGGCGGAUUGGGAAAGACGUCCACACACGCCGUCGUGAUGGCUCGAUUGUUCACCAAAGGCGUCGAUCAUGGCGUGCAUCCGUUCGUGGUGCAAAUUCGCGAUAAUAAGACGCAUGAGCCGUUACCAGGAUGCACGAUAGGUGAUAUCGGUAACAAGAUGGGCUACAACGCCGUCGACAACGGGUUUCUGAGAUUUGAUCACGUUCGCGUCCAACGCCGAGCAAUGUUGAUGGGUCACUCCAAGGUUGAACGCGACGGUACGUACGUGCCAGCGCCGGUGGCGAAAGUUUCGUACGGUACGAUGGUCUUCAUUCGCUCCGACAUCGUUAUGAACGCCGCGCUUUACAUGAAGAAAGCCGUCACUAUUGCGAUUCGAUACAAUUUAGUUCGCCGGCAAUCGAACGCCGACGAGGUGACGGGGAUGGAGUGCCAAGUUAUCGAUUAUCAGCACAGCCAGCGAACGCUGUUUCCCAUUCUCGCUAAGGCAUUUGCCUUUCACUGCACGUCUGAUUACAUGCGCCGUAUGUAUUUUGAGUUCCAGAGGGACUCCCGCGAGAAAAAGGACUUCUCCGCCCUUCCAGAGCUUCACGCCACAUCGAGCGGGCUCAAGGCGUACUGUUCGUGGGCGACGAAGGAUGCCAUCGAAGCAUGUCGUCUAACGUGCGGUGGUCACGGCUACAUGAACCUAGCGGGAUUCGGCACUACACUAGCCACCUACGCCCCCAACGUGACGUAUGAAGGUGACAACAACGUGCUUUGCUUACAAACCGCUCGGUAUUUGUUAAAGGCGCACCGAAAAAUGCUCAAUGGCCAACCACCUGUGGACGCGCUCCGUUAUCUCGACGGUGCAAGUUCUCGGAGCGCGCUUGCUCUCGGCGCAAGUUUACGCGAUGAAAAGGCCAUCCUCGAUGCGUACGCCCAUCGGGCGUGGCGGUUAGUCACGGAAGCCUCCAAGGUGACGGGCGAUUUGUCGCCUGACGAAGCGAUGCGAGUACACAUGGUACAGUGGAUCGGCGCGGCGAAGGCGCAUUGCGCGUUCGUCGUCAUGUAUAAUUUCGUCCUCGCGUACGACGAGACUCGAUCUCGAGUGAGUGCGGAAACGUUAAACGUGUUGCAUCGCCUCGUCUGCCUUCACGGUUUGUGUGGUAUGGAUGACACGAUGGGUGAGUUUUUGGAAGACGGGCACAUCGACGGCGAACAAGCGGCCGAGAUUCGACAAGAAAUCUUUAAACUUUUGUCUGAAAUUCGACCAGAUGCGGCAGCGCUCGUUGACUCUUUUGGACUGCACGACUAUUUCUUAAACUCCGCGCUCGGUGCGAAGGAUGGAGACGUCUACCGCCGACUGUACGAAGAAGUACAAGCGGCGCCGUUCAACAGAAAGCACACGCCACCCGGAUACACCGAGCUCUUGCAACCAAAGCUGAGCCGCGGUAACUUCGGCGUCUCCAAGCUUUAA